AUGGACCGCAAUAAUCACAACUCUAGCAAAAAAGGCAGUCGAGAACCGCUUCAAAAUCAUCCAGCGACUGGAGGACAAGAACUAAAUGCGAGAACUCUACAGGAUUCUGGUCUCUCUUCUAGACAAGCUUUACUGGAUCCGAGUUUCCAACCACCUCCCAACUAUCUUAUGGUCGCCGGCCGCAAUGGAUCUUCCUCUCAAACUUCGCCCUGGGAACGAUCACGGAAUUCUCAAGGAAGUUCCAAUUAUCCUAACGAGCUAACAGGAAAGCGAAGUGGGGUGGACAAUUUCAGUCUUCGUGAUGAUUAUGAGACAUCACAAAACCUUCGAGAUAAUCAUCAGUCAAGAAUAUCUUCUAGUAGUUACGUAGCUCGAGCUUCUGUUGAGCCGCAAAAUAAUGGUCAAAGUCAAUCUUCAAGCGGUCCACCUCCUCCUAACGCAACGACCUAUCAACCCUCUCAGAGAAAGCGAAGCGUGUUUAGCCCUGAGCCUGACGAUUUUGCGGGUGUGUCUGGUCAUCAGCGGUUCUGGGACAGCCACAAACGGGUUCGACAAAAUAAUCUAACAGGUACUGAAUCAGGCGAUAGUAGUCUCAGUUGGCUGGAUCCUCUAUUGCGGAACGAUUCUACUCCCCCUGGGCAUGGAGAUAGACAUCAAACCAGGAACGAGACAGGAGGAGGGUCUUUAAGUCAACCGACACAGAGUGUACCACCAUUUCCGGAGGGAGAACCAUGUGAUCGGUUUAGCCAACGACCUAAACCAAAGGCCCCCCACAGAGAACACCCUUACCAUCAUGGACCUCCCAGGAACCCUAAGUCAGAGGUGAUCGCACCCCGACGUCCUAGCAAUCAUCUCCCCCAACCUUUACCCACCGAGGCCCACUACGACGAUCUCGAAGCCGCUGAACAGCGGUUGCGCAGCAGACAGCCAUUCACUAUCGAAUAUCACAGGUUAGGUGAACACGGCAAGCAGAAACGAGAUGGGUGGUUUGAAAAGGAUUACGAUGACGACGAGCAUGGGGCCACGGGACAAUAUUUGAUAGAUGAAUACAAUAAAGACUCUGGGACAGAAAGGGACGCGAAAUGGCGGCGGGAACAUGCCGAUAGAGAACUCAAUAGAAGGCUGGGUCAAACACAGGAUGCGUUUGGUCACAGAAAAGAGAAGAGUCUAAGUUACGGGCGACUACGAACCCCGACUGAACGGUCUCAGGAUUCACGUGGCGCUAAACAGUACGCCCAACAUAAUCUCAAUAAAGAGCUGCGGGAUAGGUGCCGACAAGCUGGACUGUGGGAUUAUGAAAGUGAAAUAAAAGAUCCAUGGCAUAAAAAGGGUUCUGAUGAAGGGAAGCAUGAGUAG